AUGGAUCCCCGGAGCCAUCGCACGCCCUCUCCGGGCAACCCCCUUCAGCAUGGCUACCAGCUGGAUGACAACCCGCAUGGCCGCCAUCCCAUGGGGCAGAACCUCGACGUCCAAAGUGUCCCGUCGAUGGGCCGCUUCAGCCCCGGCGACUCAUUAGAUAUGCACCCAGCGCACUCGAUCGAUAACCUGGGCUCGACUUCGAACUUUGAUCAGCCACACCACGGCGCUGGCGACUUCCACGGCGGCAGCGAAUACGGGAUUAACCCCGAACAGCAUCACGAUGCUUACUACAACCAGCCGUACGAACCGGCUCAGCACGAUGGACACGGCGCCGGCGGCUACGAACCAGGGUACGAACCGGGAUACGACAACGAUGGCAGACCGCUCCUGCACCACCAGGAUUCCUAUGCGGCCAGCAACGUCGGUGGCGGCUACGAAGACCCCAUGAUGCAGCAACAACAACAACAACAAGACCAAAUGCAACAACGGCAACAACAAGGAGGCAUGGGCGGCGGAGGCAUCAAACGGUGGAAGACGGUCAAGCAGGUGCUUCUGUACCGCGGCAACUUGGUCCUCGACUGUCCCGUUCCGCCACUUCUCCUGAACCAGGUACCCCACGGUGAGCGUGACGAGUUCACCCACAUGCGCUACACGGCUGCCACCUGCGAUCCGUCGACCUUUUACGAAGAGAACUUUACCCUGCGCCAGCGCCUUUUCAGCAAGCCCAGACAGACCGAGCUUUUCAUUGUCAUCACCAUGUACAACGAAGACGAGAUUUUGUUCGCUCGCACCAUGGUCGGUGUGCUCAAGAAUGUCGAGUACAUGUGCAAGCGCAAUGAGAGUAAGACCUGGGGAAAGGAUGCCUGGAAGAAGAUUGUCGUCUGCGUCGUCAGCGAUGGUCGUGCCAAGAUCAACCCGCGUACGCGCGCUCUGCUUGCUGGUAUGGGCGUCUACCAAGAGGGUAUUGCCAAGCAACAGGUCAACGGCAAAGAUGUGACGGCCCACAUCUACGAGUACACCACGCAGAUUGGCAUGCGCAUCAAGAAUGACGUCGUCCAGCUGGUCCCCAAACAGCAACCCGUGCAGAUGCUCUUCUGUCUCAAGGAGAAGAAUCAGAAGAAGAUCAACUCGCACCGUUGGUUCUUCCAGGCUUUCGGCCGUGUCCUCGACCCCAACGUCUGUGUUCUCAUCGAUGCCGGUACCCGUCCCGGUGGCAACUCCAUCUACCACCUGUGGAAGGCCUUUGAUCUUGAGCCCAUGUGCGCCGGCGCCUGUGGAGAGAUCAAGGCCAUGCUGGGGCCUGGUGGCAAGUACCUGGUCAAUCCCCUCGUUGCAGCGCAGAAUUUUGAGUACAAGAUGAGCAACAUUCUGGACAAGCCGCUCGAGUCUGCGUUCGGUUUCAUUUCUGUGUUGCCCGGUGCCUUUUCUGCCUACCGUUACGUUGCUCUUCAGAAUGACAAGAACGGCCAGGGUCCACUGGAGAAGUACUUUGCCGGUGAGAAGUUGCACGGCGCCGGCGCCGGUAUCUUCACAGCCAACAUGUACCUGGCCGAGGAUCGUAUCCUGUGUUUCGAGCUCGUCACCAAGCGCAACUGCCACUGGAUCUUGCAGUACGUGAAGUCGGCCACGGGCGAGACCGAUGUGCCCGACGGUAUCUCCGAGCUGAUUCUGCAGCGUCGUCGUUGGCUGAACGGUUCCUUCUUCGCUGCAAUUUACGCCAUUGUCCACUUCUACCAGUUCUUCCGCUCCGAUCACUCCAUCCUUCGCAAGCUCAUGUUUUUCAUCGAGUUUGUGUUUAACACCGUCAACAUGAUUUUCGCUUGGUUUGCCAUUGGCAACUUCUUCCUCGUCUUCAAGAUUCUGACGUCCAGUUUGUCAUCGGAUGACCUGCUGGGCACCGUUGGCAAAAUCCUAGGCGUUGUCUUUGAGUGGCUGUACGGAGUCUCGCUCAUUAUCAGUUUCACGCUGUCCAUGGGCAACCGUCCUGCCGGUUCCGGUCCAUACUACCUGGUCAUGUCCAUUUUCUGGGCCGUCAUCUACAUCUACCUGUUGUUUGCUGCUAUCUUCAUCUCUGUCAAGGCUAUCCAGACCGAUAUUCAGGCUGGGUUUACGAUUACGAUGUUGUUCCAGAACAAGGUCUUCAUUACGCUGAUCCUGUCCGUCAUGUCCACCUACGGUAUCUGGCUGAUUGCGUCGCUGCUCAUGUUCGAUCCGUGGCACAUGUUUACCUCGCUCAUCCAGUACCUCAUGUUGACGCCCACCUUCACCAAUAUUCUCAACGUGUACGCCUUCUGCAAUACCCAUGAUAUUUCUUGGGGUACCAAGGGUGACGACAAGGCCGAGGCCCUACCCUCCGUCAGCACCAAGGAUGGUCAGGGUAAGACGGACCUGCCCGACGAGGGUGACUUGAACGCCCAGUACGAGCGCGAGCUGCAGGUCUUUGGCCGCAAGGAGGUCAAGGUCAAGUCGACGCCGACGGCCGCCCAGCUCGACGAGAAGCAGCAGGACUACUACCGUGGUGUGCGCACGGUCGUUGUUGUCGUCUGGAUCAUCUCCAACUUUGCGCUGGCGGCACUAGUUCUGAGCACGGCCGGUCUCGAGAAGAUUGUGCCGGGUGCGUCCGACGAGGAGGCCCGUGCCACGAUCUACAUGGCGGCCAUUUUGUACUCGGUUGCGGCGCUGUCGGCUUUCAAAUUUCUCGGUGCCUGUUGGUUCUUGAUUGUGCGCAUGUUCCGCGGCGUAUGA